UUCAAUGUGUGUUCCAGAUUACAUCUCUCAAUCUUCAUGUAGGUACCGGUAUCUGUUCUCUUUUAACAGCCACUGAUUUGAUAGUGAACAAAUUAAUGUUUGAAAAGGUUGUAACAGAAUGUCCUCAUCUAAUUCUGCUCCAAGAAAACGCCGGAGAGUUAUGACAAAACAAGUUCUGGUUAAGAAUCCUAAAAAUGCCAUGAAUACAGUUUUUACUGAUGGAAAAUCUAUAAAGCCAACCUCAAAAUCUCCAUGCAGCCGAUGUAAUUCAAGGAGAAAAUGCUUCAGACAUCUGAAUCAGAGAUUCACCAAGAACAUUGCCUGUUUCUCCUUCAAAGCGUCCGAGCAAACUGUGCUACAACUCAAGAGGCACAUGCUCAAGCUGCUGUCAGGGGACCCGGGCGCGGUGUGCAGGUGUGAUCAGCGCACUGGCAUCCUUACCUUGGACUGCACCAAAAUGCACAGGCUCUAUCUGCAGGAGUUUGAACCUCAAGCAAUUAAUAUGGCCACAGGUGAAAUGAACAGCAAUUACAAGCCUCUGGUGAAACAGUGGCUGUACAGGAAAAUCUUACUGGAUGAGUUCCAGGGUGUAGACUUCCUGAGAUGUAAAGAGCAUUUAGCUGAGCUCAAGCUUUCUCUUGAGGAAUCCACAUUGUCCAAGGUUUUUCCUCCAGCCAUCAACAAGAAGAAGAAAACUAAGAGCAAGUCACAGAAACAGGUGGCUACCAACCCACUCCAGGGAAUGGCGGAGGAAUCGUUUUGUGCUUCACAAAACCUGCCAAUUCAACAGCAGUUGUGUGCCCCACAAAUUUUAUCCCAUCAGAUGUGCGUUCGACAAUCUCCAAUCCAUGCACAAGUUUGUGGCGAUCAGUCGUUGAAUGCACAGCAAGCUGCCGGGGCCGGGACGGCUGCUGACGAAGGCUUGACGCAUGUACGCGAUAAGACCGUAGUCGCCGUACAGCCGUUCUGCCACUCUUCUCUUGGUAGCACAAAUUCACGACCACAGCAACCGCUCAACUUACAACGAUCUCAAACUCAUUUACAACAUCGUGUUCCUGAUAACUCGUGCAAUACUAAUAUUAGUGAUCAUCCAGCUCACAACUCCCUAGCUUUACCUUUGUGUCAGUCCAUUUCAAGUUGUGGAAGCAUACCUCUAGGGCUACACAGUCCUUACUACGUCUCUCUGUCCCCCAUGUUACCUCUUCACAUGAGCCAAGCUUCCAGUGCGCCACAUCAUCAUUUUCAUCACCACAUCGCCCAUCACCAUUCCUCGUACCCCCCACCACCUCCUCCUCCUGUCCACCAUCAGCAGCACUUCCAGCAAGAAGUGGUCCAGCAUCCCCAGCCUUUCAUGCCCGCAGCUAGUGCGUCUCUUGUUAACAAUCACGCUCUUUAUCACUCACCUUCUUAGGCCAUCUUUAUUUUGCAUACUCGAACCUCCGCAGCUACGUUUUAUACUAUCGGCAAUAACGAUGUUUCUCAUCAAUUUCGUUUGUAAUUAUUGUAAGAUUAAGAUGCCUUGUGCCAAGAAAGCUUCAAAUCUGCAUACUCAUGUGCCAUAUAUACUCGACCUCGCUGUUCAUCACAAAUUAAUUGGAUUUUGUUCUUUGAUACCGGUAGUGAUGAAAAUUUAUCUUCUUAUUUCUAAAAAAAUUGUCAUAAAGACAAUUAAAAUGACGAUUUAUGAUAUAGUUCACUUAUUGUUGUUGAGGUAGAAUCUCAAGUAUGCUCUCUCCCCUUUUUUAUUGAAAAUUUAUGAGUUUGAUUGUAAAAAAUCAGUCUUUAGUUUCUUUUUAUCGGUGUUACUGGGACCUGCCCCAGGUUCUCAGUUGGCUAAUGGCUCAAUCCACCUACGACGUUAUAACCUAAAUAUUCAUAUUCUUCGUGUGGAUGAUGCAUUAAAACGAACACUUGAUAUAGGUAAACGUAGCCAGAGCUACGAUAUUAAGACCCAGACUCCUGUUCAGAAAUAACCGAAAUUCAAUAGAAGACAUGGGCAUGUAGUGUUUAAAAUAUAUACGACAAUUAUAUUCAAUAAUUGAUGUUAAUUAACCCAAUAAUUUGCGCUGUGUAAUUCGCACAACUCCAAUAGUAUCAUAAAUAAAAUUGGAAUAAACAUUGAAUCAUCUCGCAUAAAUUCGCAGAUCUUGCCAAUGUGGAUACUCGGGCACUGUUGAAACUGUAAAGAAUUGAUACAUUGGACACAUAAAUUGAACUUUCAUUAGAUCCUAGAAAAUAACAUAGAAUGAAGUUUGAUAUGCUGUCGUUCCAUUAAAAAUAUAUCCUUCAUUACCUUAAAAUCAAUUGUUAUGUACACAUCGAAUUUUGUUCUGUACGUAAUACUGCUCAUGUUGUGUGUAACAUUCCUGUUGUUCCUCUCAAGAAGGGUAGGCUAUACACGAUCGAGGGUAUUCUCCUACUGUCGGAUCACACUCAGCUGGGCUUCGGUAUCCCUCAUAAGGCUGAGAUGACUUGACAAUAAAACGUCUCAUGUAAGCAGUUGCUUUUGCCGAUUAAUAAUACUCGGCAAAUUGCUAAAACUGGGGAUACUAAAUUAUCGACUUUUCCUAAUCAAGUAUAUAAGAAUGUGGGAAUAUUAUGAACAACAAUCGACUAAGACUCCUGUUCUACCAGUAGCAUUUCUUUUCACAAAUCACGCAGGUGAUGGCGGUAGGUUCAAUCACUUUGCAUUCGUUCAGUAUUUGCACGCGGUUGUAUUGCGAUCAUUUCUCGGCACACGAACAAGAGGAGAACACUUAUUUCCACUGUAUCUCUGCCAUGGAAAAAAAUUAUCAACAUCUGAUCUCGCAGCAACCUGUACCUCUCCCUCGUGAGUUCUAAAUAAUUUUAUUUUUUUUUUUUU